AUGGCGAUCUUUGUUGCGGCGACGUUGUUUACAAGUGCGUUAUACUACGGAUGGCAGCAGUAUCAGAAGAUGUUGUUCCAAGAUGGGGCAUACAGUUGGCUAUGCCCGAUGGGGGAGCAGUGCAAGGAACAGGAGGAUGCAAUCAGUCGAUUGUAUUCUAUAGCGGCAGGCUGCGAAUAUGCUUCAGCCGCGAUCGGGGGAAUGUUUCUAGACCACUUAGGACCGCGACGUUCAGGUCUUAUUGGUGAGGUAACAUGGGCUAUUGGGACGUUCCUAUUAGCUAUGUCUUCACACUCGUUCCAAUCAUACAUUCCCGCCAUGAUCAUCAUCGGGUCCAGUGUGAAUAUUGUCUGUUUUCCCGCACUCACCACCAUCGAAACCUUUCCGGCAUGGCAAGGCCUGAUGGUUGGAGUGGUCCUUGGUGCCCAAAAUGCAGCUACGGGUAUACCCCCUUUGCUAUACAGUAUAAUGCGACAUACCGACUGCUCUCUACGCACCAUCUGGCUUGUCUAUCUAGCUGUCGUCUGGCUACCCAUCACCAUUUUGUACAUACUCGCAUUACCCGGAGCUCAUGACUUCAAGAAAAUGCUGAAAUUACAGAGACAACAACUGGUACAAGACGAACCAACCGAAGAGGUUGAGGCCACAGACAUCAUCGAGGGCAAAGCCUCCUGGAAAGCCUUCGGAAAGAACCUCGCCAACAUUGACAUGCUCGUCAUGGCUAUAUACUUCGCCACUAUGAUGCUUAUUUAUGCCUAUUACCCGACUGUGGUUGCUUACGCGAUAUCUGAUGAGAUUUCGGACUUCAUGGCUUACGCAAUGCCUACACAAGCAUUUUGGGCUUUAUGUGUUGGCGUGAUAGCUGACUGGUUCUGUACUGCCUAUUUGAUGAUUGGAAUGUGUUUAUUUUUAGAGAUGUCAUUUAUUUUGACCAUCUGUGCUACAUGUCCUACUGGAUGGGAGCAUUACCUUGCAUGUUCAAUUUUGGUAAUUUCUCAGUGUGCGAUCUUCGAGGUGAAGUAUACGUAUGUUGCGGAAAUGUUUGAUCCUUACAACUUUGGCAAGCUGGUAGGUUUCUUAGGAGUGGUUGGAGGUUGUGCAACCUUCCUAAACAUCCCAGUUGUAUCGACCUCCAAUUAUCGAACUGUGUUCAUUAUUUACUGCUCUGUACUCCCUGUCUGUGCGGCAUUAACCGCGUUCCUUCGCUGGCGACAACUACAUGGUGUCACCUACAAAACCGUCCCGGAAACCAAGUCCGAAAAUGCCGCCGCACUUCUUCAAGCUAACAUACAAACUCACAAUACCGCAUGUGGCAUUGAAGACUCUCAUUAUGUCACCCUACUAACAGUGACACACACACGCGCGCUACAUUCCUGA